CUCUCCCAGGGCGUCCGGGGCCCAGAUUCGCACUUGCCGGGCGCCCCCAGGGACCACUGGCGGCACCGCGCUCUUUAAGGCCAACAGCCCUGAGUUCAUGGGGCUGAAAUCGGCAGAGAGAGGCCGAGGACCUGUGGUUGGGGCUCCCGGCAAGCGGUUCUCCGGGGUCCGAGGACACCGAGAGGCGGAGAGGAGGACCCUGGGGAAGGGGUGGGCAGCCGGGAGGGACCGAGGAGGCUGGUGCCCACCCUGACGCCCGAGGAUCAACGAGAGGCUGGGUCAGGGAAAGGCCGGGCGAGGGCCGAUCCCCCGAGCUGAUCCCCCAGGCCAGCUCUCUCCGGGCGGCGCGACCCCACACUGGACACUACCCGCCCGGGGUCGGAGGCCAGGCUUUUGCAUGCACCGCUCCCCGCCACUCGCGAACAUCUAGCAGCUCCCUCAGGAUCGCCCCCGACCUGCUGAGAUCCAGCCAAAGAUCUCCCACUUCCUCAGCUUUGCUUCGCCGGCAGUGCGUCCUGGAGGUCUCGCCCUGGCGCCGCCUCCUCCAGGCAGCCCUCUAGACUGCAUCGGCCAUGGGCCUGGACGCUGCUUCCGGGGCAGCCCCCGGCCAGGGUUAGGCACCCCCGAUUCCUGGAGCGUCCUAGGUGCCUCUAAACGCGUGGCCAGCGCAGUCUCGGGUUUCCAUGACGACGACGUCUGAUGGGGAACCCGGGCGGGGUCGGGUCGGAGCGCAUGCGCGGUGCGCGCCGGACGCGGAACGUCUGCCGGUGUGCCCGCGCUGCUGGUCCUGGGGUCCCUGAACCGCGGGCGGCCCCGCUCCCUCCGCUGGCCAUGGCCCCCCCGCCCGCGUGCCGGUCCCCGAUGUCACCGCCGCCGCCGCUGCUGCUGCUGCUGCUGAGUCUGGCCCUGCUGGGUGCCCGGGCCCGCGCCGAGCCCGCCGGGAGCGCCGUCCCCGCGCAGAGCCGCCCAUGCGUGGACUGCCACGCCUUCGAGUUCAUGCAGCGCGCCCUGCAGGACCUGCGGAAGACAGCCUGCAGCCUGGACGCGCGGACGGAGACCCUACUGCUGCAGGCAGAACGCCGUGCCCUGUGUGCCUGCUGGCCAGCAGGGCGCUGAGGACCACGCUGCUCCAUGUCAAUAAAUGCCCAGUGGCACACCUG